UGGCGGGAGAAACGAAUUUACGAGCUCGUUGUUUUUCUUGAGAAAAACAAAGACGUCAUGCAAACUUUAGACGUUUACAAGAAAGAGGAAGGAAAGAUAUGGCAGCGAAAACCAUCUCCUUCUCCGGAAGAGGGUUUGGUAGUCUGCAUCAGUCAUUCCACAACAAGUGCUUUCUCGUUACAAGGAAGAAAUAUCCGAUUCCUUCGAACGGCGUUCAGUUCAACUGGUGAAGCCUUUGCAGCUGGGGACCACCAGGGAAAUAUUUUUGUCUUUGAUUUAAUCAAAAAUAGGUUUUCAUUAAUCCACAAAACAGGAACUCCAUGCACAGCUCUUUCCUUUUGUUUGAGGAGAAAAAAUGAAGUGUUGGUGGCUCUUGCUGACAAUUCGCUGAGAUGUUAUGAUACAGAAACCCAUGAAUUAGUUAGCUGGAUGAAAGGCCAGGACUCAGCAAUCCAAAGUAUAUCAGUUCAUGCAUCAGGCCGCUAUGCAGUCACUUCAUCCAACUCUGUUGCUCAGUUGUGGGACUUAGACACAUUUUCCCGUAAAAGGACUUUAAAUGGAGCUCAAACUGUUGGAAUUCAGCAGGUUUUGUUCCUGCCAUUGAGCAAUACCAUGGUGACAUGUUUCAAAGAUGACAGUUUAUUUGUAUGGGAUUCAGAAACACUCAAGUGUAAAUUCCAGCUUCCUGUCCCCCCUGAAGACACAAAACAGCCCCAUUACAAAACAUUAGCCACGCCCAGGGAUGGCAGAUUACUUGUUGCAGGAGGAAGGUCUCGGUUUCUUCAUGUGUGGAGUCUGGAGAACAAACGUCUUCUCCAUGUCAUUCAGCUUCCAGCGAGAGUUCGCCUUGUCAGACAACUGGAAUUCAUUAGUAACAGCUUUGAUGGAGGCAGCAGUCAGACACUUGGUGUCCUGUCCCAAGAUGGUGUUCUGCGCUUUAUUGACAUCCAUGGCUGUAAACAGCUUUUUGAGAUUGGAGGUGCUGAUGAGAUUAUUAACAACUUCAGUAUCAGUUCAAAUGGCCGAUAUGUCGCAGCUGUAAUGGACAAUGGUAACAUCAAUAUUUAUAGUGUUCCAGCACUAUCACAGCAGUUUUCCAAGCCGCCCCCACCAUUGGUUAAAACCGUGUGGGAAGAGAGAUCACAUUCACGGCAGAGCGCGAAAUCCAAUCAGUCAUUAGGCAGUGCCAUGACUAAAGUUGGUGGAACACCAAAAAGGAGCCGGACUAGAUCACCUGUAAAAUCACAGCGUCAAAAAACUGAGGCUUCUGCAACUUGGACGAAUGUAGACUCGGGACUUGAGACGGAGCUUCCAGAGGGACUCAAUCAAGCAAGGCUCAAGUCGAUUCUUCAAGGCUAUGGCGAAUAUCCUGCUAAAUAUAGAAUGUUCAUUUGGCGGUCUCUUCUCAACCUUCCUGAGAACCAUGCGGCUUACAGCAGCUUGGUGGACAAGGGAACUCACAGUGCUUUUGUGAGAAUCCAUGAAGAAUAUCCUAUCAAGAGUAGAAAGCUACUGAGAGUCCUCCAGAGGACGCUGUCGGCCUUAGCUCACUGGUCAGCCAUAUUUGGUGAAGUAGACUACCUGCCUCUGCUGUCCUUUCCUUUCGUUAAACUCUUUCAAAAUAACCAGCUGAUCUGCUUUGAGAUGAUAGCAACGAUCCUGACAAACUGGUGCCAGCAUUGGUUCGAAUUUUUUCCAAACCCUCCUGUGAAUAUCCUUGGGAUGGUGGAAAAUAUACUUGUUCAUCACGAUAAAAGAUUGAUGGAACACUUUGUCAACUGUAAUGUCACAUCACAGAUGUACGCCUGGCCAUUGCUACAGACGCUCUUAUCUGAAGUUCUAACCAAGGACGAGUGGUUGAGAGCUUGGGAUAACAUUUUUUCCAACCAUCCGUCGUUCCUUCUCUUUGUAGUUGUAGCUUACGUCAUCGUUUCACGCAAAGCUCUGUUACAAUGCACAAGGAAAGAGGAUUUUGAGUACUUCUUUCAUAACCGGAAUGCAGUCGACAUUGGUGCAGUUAUACGUGAAGCUUACCGACUGCAGGAUGGCACUCCAGCAGAAGCAAACCCGCAGAGGAUGCUGGAACCAUUCAUGCCACUGACUAAAGGACAAUAUCCGAUCUUCAACAAAUAUCCAAAGUUUAUUGUGGAUUAUCAGGUCCAAGAAAGAGAACGUAUACGCCAGGAAGAACUGGAGUAUUUGAGACAGAGGCAACUGGCCCAGGAGAUGAAAGAGGUAGCAGAUCAGCGCAAACAAGAAGAAGAAGCGUUUUAUCGACAACAAGAACUCAUGAUUGACGCUGAGAAUCAAAGAAGAAGAAUGAUCGGUCAGGAAGAACAGAAACUGAGCGAUCAGAGAAGCAGGUUGCAGGCAAUGAAACGAGAGAUUCAUCUACGAGAGCUGCAACUGCUGGACGCUGUUCGCAGACGUUUCAUGCAUCAUCAGCAAACACUUAAAGAAGCGGAGCUACAAAGACUUGAUGACGAGAUAGAACGUAAGGCAUUGCUUAGAGAACAAGAAACCAGGCACGCUGUAGAAGAUGCUGAGAUAAAAGGACUGGAGCUUCAAGCGCAAAAAGAAAUGCUUCAACAGGAUUUGAUCCGAGAUGAGCUGCAGCAUUCCUUUAAGCAGAGAUCAGAGCAAGCGAUCCAACGAAAACAGCAGGAAUUGGAAGAGCAACUUUUUAGGAGGACAAUGGAUGCCGUUCAGGAGGUCGACAUUGAUUCACAAAGGAUUUCCCAAGAAGAAUUGGCUAAUGCCCAGCAGAAACACACAUCCGUCAAUAUGGAAGAAGAAGUAGAUAUGAGGACUAGAAUGGAUGAUCUUCACCGAGAGCUGAAUGAAGUCAAGAUUGCCCAGCAUGUUUUGGAGAAUAAGGAAAGAGAGACUGAAGUUCAGUCGCUUGUACAUGAGUUGAGGAAUAAAGAGAAUGACGUUGUGGCUGUGAAACAGUCGGAAGUGAGACAACAGAAAGCUUUGGCAGCCGAGGAGGACAGAAGACGUUUGAAUCUUCUGAGUGCUCUGACACGAGAUCAGACUACGACUACCGACGACUCGGAGUCAUUUUCUCGGCUUAGGGAAAUUCGUCAAAUCCCGGAUCACCCUAGAAAACCGUUAAGUACCAUGCUGCCCAAUAACACAGAGAGCAGCACCACGACAGAGUCAGAAUCCAGCGGAACACCUAUCACUUCUCGAGAACCUUCCCUUGAACGUCAGCGAGCAACUUUUGAGAAACGUGAACUGGAACUCAUGGCUGAGGUGAGAGAUUUGAGAAAAAGACUCGCUGCCAGACGGCAACAGCGCCCACCUCCUUUUCAUGGAAAUACACAGCAAUGACGAUAAGAUAGAAGCACAACUGAUUUUAUUCAUGAUUAUCUCGCAUUUUCCUGAAAGUUAUUUUGUAAAUACUUUUUAAGUACCCAAGUUUUGUAUAUUCCCACGGUAAUGGUUACUUGCAGAAGAGCAUUACGUUCCUUUGUUACUCCAAAUGAGUGGUGAAUUUCUUAUUUCAAAAUAGUAGGCUUGAGGGUACAAGAAGAGCCGUUUGUUCUUUUGAAAAUACUCUGGCAUCCUACAAACCAACAGCCUUUAUAUGUAUAGAUGUAUAAUUACAUCAGAAUAGCCAAUUCACCUCCAAGUCUCGUUUUCAAAGUAGGGAGUGAUUAAUUUUAUCCUCUACAUUUGACUUGUUAUCGUCUGGAAAUUGUAACGAAAGUACUCCAAAAGCUCUGACGUGAACAGGAUUCCAUCGUGAAAACAACAAGAAAGUUUCAAAUGCUUAAGUAUGUACUGUAAACGAAACAUGGAGAAGUUUCAGUUAAAAGUAUCAUCAUGCGCAAGGGCUUUUGACUGUUACUGAAACACUGGCAUACUUGUUAAUGAGAAAGAUACGUGUACGUUAAGUUGCCUAGCAACACGGCUCUCAUUAUUCGCAAGCUCAUGGUGAAUAGGCUAUCCUGAUCCUCGUCUACCUGGCUCGAAGAUACUGGACAAUAGUACGGGAUCAAUGUUACAAGCCAAGAAAUUAUUUAAGUUAACUAAAUAAACUUUAAAAAAUAUGGACUUUGUUGAGGUCGCUUUUCCAAUUUUUUAUAGAUUUUAGACUGUACCAGUCUUUUCUCGGGGUCGAUGAGAGCUUUGUUACAUGAAGAUUAUGAGUAAAAAUCAGAAAACUCUUUUCAAGAGCGGUUUUCCAAAUUUUCCUCUCGAUUUCUAAGUUGGUCAUGUGGUUAAACAAUCUAUACACUGAAAGGUUAGUCUUCUGUCAUACUCCCUUUAAAAGUUUUAGCACUUUUUUUUAACUCAUCUAAACAUAGGUUGUUUUUAUACAGUUUUGAUAAAGAAAAUUUGCUUUUUACAACACAUAAUCUCAACGUGGCGUGCAGACAGGUGUGGUCCUGUGGAGAGAGAAUCGUAUGAUUAGUCCAGAGUUUAUCUCGUCAGAGCGUGGACGAGAUGGACCAAGUAAUGUUGCUGGUGAAAAUUUUAGUAACUCUCUCCUUAAGCCGUGGAAGCCAGUUUGGAUAAAUUUCGGCCGAGAAGUUAAUCAUUCAAGGUCGUUUCAAAAGAUGGAAUAGCACCUUAGCAAAUAUAAAGAAACAAUCAAAGCAGUAAAUUUUCGAUUAAAAUAGCUCUACAAGCCUCUUUUGCAGGUAGCGAUCAGUAAAUUCUGCUAGUAUUUCGUUUUGAACUUGAGAAAAGACAACUCAAAUUAGUUCUUCCUUUUCUGGAGCCUCAUUUGGUUUUGCAGAAGUAGCGUGCUAACUUAAUUUUAUCGAACAUUUUGAAGAAAACAGAGGAAGUCAUUUGAAAGAGAGAUAAAACGUUACGUAACACACCAAAUUAACAAUUUUAUUACAGUUCUUAAAUGACAGGUAUAGACGAAUGGAUAUCGCAAAC